UUUAACUCCUCCAGUCAGAUUUGACAAGGGAGAGAAAUGGAGAAGAUGAUGCUUCUUAUAUGCUUACAGAUUUAGUCUCAGUCUUAGGAGUGGAAAAAUGUAAAAGUUGCCAACUACCCCUAAAGGGUGCAACCACUUCGACAUUGUUCAGAUGUGACAGUAUCGUGUGGUGGGUUGAUCUCCACACUGUAAAAACUCUAUGAAUGGAGAUCACACCAUGGCUCCUUGUACCGUGUAUAAUAUAUUGACCCUAAUAUGCAGGUGACAUACAAUAGCGUAUUGACCAAUUGCAGCAUGGAAGCAAGAUGCUGCUUGUGAGUUACUGCAACCCAGAAUUCCUAUUUAGAAGACAGCCAUUAGGUUCAAUAUAUUAUACUUUUUAUUCCAUAACCAUUCUACUAUGUUAAUGAUCCGCUGAUGCCUUUGAUAACUGAGCAGUAAUAUGAAUGAUUCUCUAGAUCAGAUCCUCAUUCUGUUAUGAUUAUUGCUCAGUUAUGCAUAACUAUGACAGGCCAUUGUAUUCAUUCUUUUUCCAAACAACUUUUCAGCUUUGUUGUUUUGUGGGGAGGAUGAGGAGUGAGAGCCUUUGAUCUUCCAGACCAAAAAAAUGGGAUCUCAGCACCAAUAAAAACAAAACCUAGAUACCAACCCAACUAGCCCAGGUGUAUCUCAACCGGCUUCACCCUAUUGUUUGUUUCUCCCUGGGAAUGGGUGCCAAUUGCUUAGGGAGCCAUGUCGGAUCUACUGAGUGCUCCCAUUUUGUGUCUCCUCCCCAACAAAAGAUUUCUGCCAAGCAAAGCUUUGUAGAGAAGCUGGACAUCUGUCGCUCUUUGCCUCUUUGCAAGCUCUGUGUGUGUGUGCCUGUGAUCUGGCCAUUAGAAAAAAAUCCUGACCUGUCAGCUUUGAUUGAUGGCCACAAACCUCUGGUCUCUGAACCCCUCCUGUGGGAAAAAGGGCCAGCCAAGCAAUGCCCUCAUUCACAUGCUAAUACCCAGACUAUAAAUGCAAGCGGACCACUGCGCUCAUGUAAGAGAAAGCCCAAGAAGGCAAGGAGAGCAGAGCCAGGCACCAGAAGGGUUUCUCCCUUUUAUUUCCCUCCUCCUCUAAGCUUUCCUUAGGGCAGGUGCAGUGGAUUACAAUGACUGCAACAACCCUGGCCAGUGGGGUGCCGAAACUUCCCAACCCCAAAGAGGAAAGGAAGUUAAGAAAACCUUUGAUUGAAAGGAAGCGACGGGAGAGGAUUAACAAUUGCUUGGACCAGCUCAAGGAGACAGUCGUUGGGGCUUUUCAUCUUGAUCAAUCUAAACUGGAGAAAGCAGACAUCCUUGAAAUGACAGUAAAGCAUCUCCAGAAUAUCCAAACCAGCAAAAAUGUGGCAGAUUCCACAACGGGCCUGGAAGCUCAGCAAAGAUAUAGCACUGGAUAUAUCCAGUGUAUGCACGAAGUUCACAACCUUCUCCUGACCUGUGAAUGGAUGGACAAGACCCUUGGAGCACGGUUACUGAAUCACCUGCUGAAAUCCUUGCCAAGAUCUAGUGAGGAAACCUCCAAGGCUGAUGUGAACCCUUCCACUACUAGAAGUGCCAAGGGGAUGACAACAGAGCUGAACCCAUCUCAGGAUCCGUUCUACGCCACUGAAGACAGACAGGGGUUUAAAAAGCCCUUCCAGCCCCACAUUGUAGGCACACACUGUAGCCAGCGCAAAACCUCACCUCCCAGUCAGACCUUGCAACCACAUUUUGCACAUAAUGGCAUCAGCAUGGGGUCAUUAGACAUGUGGAGACCAUGGUAAAAAAAAAUGUCUUGGAAAAGCCUAAUUUCUAAUUUUAGACCUUCUGAUAUAUGUAUCUUAUAGAUAUAUCUCUUUAAAACACUUUUUGGAGCAGGUCUGCUCCUGUAGGUGUACUAAAGACCAGGGUACUUCAAGCCGAAGUUAACCUCUUUGUAGCCUGCAUUGUAGAAGGCUGCUAUUAUUUAUUUAAUACAUCUAAAUUAUUAUAUAGAAUCUUAUAUUGGGCCCUUCUUAGAAUCUCUGACUGAUAUAAUGCUCCUUUUCACAGGCUAUUAAAAGAAUUAACACUUGAUUAAUAAAAAUAGGAUAAGAGACUCUCAUUAACUCUAAGAUUAUGCAGCUAUUUUUCUCAGUGUCUUUUUAUAUGUCAAAGUCUUUUGACCAAGUCAGGCUUAAAUAACCUAAAAACAUCAAAUCCUAUCUGAUCUUGGAACAGGUUCAGCCUUGAUUAGUACUUGGAUGGGAGGCCACCAAUGAAUACCAGAUACUUCAAGCCAGCUUUUCUAUACCUUGGGGUUGGGACCCCUUGGGUGGGGGGUUGCGAGGGGACUUCAGAGGGGUCACUGAAUACCAUCAGGAAACACAUAUUUCUGGUGGUCUUAGGAAUCCCUUUGGCAAGACUGAACAUCUCUCUGCCUGUCCUUUGGCCCAAUUCUAUCGUUGGUGGGGUUCAAGGGGCUCUUUGAUUGUAGGUGAACUAUAAAUCCUAGUAACUAUAAUGCUCUUAUGUCAAACUCUAUUUUCCCCAAGCUCCACCAGAGUUCAAAAUUGGGCAUAUUGAGUAUUUGUGCCAAGUUUGAUCCAGAUCCAUCAUUGUUUGACUCCACAGUGCUCUCUGGAUGCAGGUAAACUGCAGCUCCCAAACUCAAGGUCAAUGCCCACCAAAACCUUCCCUGUUGGUCAUGGGAGUUCUGUGUGCUAGGUUUGGUUCAAUUCCAUCGUUGGUGGAGUUCAGAAUGCUCUUUGAUUGUUGGUGAACUAUAAAUCCCAGCAAACACAACUCCCAAAUGACAAAAUCAAUUCCCCCCCACCCCAAUCCCACCAGUAUUCAAAUUUGGGCAUAUCGGGUAUUUGUGCCAAAUUUAAAUGAAAAUACAUCCUGCAUAUCAGAUAUUUACAUUACAAUUCAUAACAGUAGCAAAAUGACAGUUAUGAAGUAGCAACAAAAAUAAUGUUACAGUUUGGGGUCACCACAACAUGAGGAACUGUAUUAAGGGGUUGCGGCAUUAGGAAAGUUGAGAACCACUGCUUUUUUAGACUUUAUUUCAGAUGAGGUAACUGCCUGAACCUCCUCUGAGUAUUUGUCACCUGAGAAAACCCUACAAAAUUCAUAGGGUUGCCAUAAAUUGAUAGGCAGUGUGCUCUCUCUGUCUCUCUCUCACACCCAUAGAUUAGUAUUCAAACAGUCUGCUGUAUAUGUCACCAUAAGCGAACAAGAAAGAACUGAUGCUAUAUGAUACUGCUGAUUUCAGGACAUGGGUGAAGACUUGGUGAAGGCUUAAUGCUGAAUGGGCUGAUAUUAUUUUCAGUGUAAUAAUAAAGUAUUAUCAUUAUACAGUU